CUGUCUGGUGGCAUCAGAAACGCGUAUAGCGUUUGCUGAAUACAGCGGACUGCAGCUCUAUUGCUGUUUCGGGCCGGGCCAGCCCAGCCUUGACGUAACUUAGGGGCCUUGGCAUAAGCUCAAACAGACACCAUCAUGGGUAGGAGCAGGUCACGGAGCCGCUCCUACUCGCCGAGGGGACGCUCCUUUGCACAAAAACCCCGUCGUGAAAGGGACCCCAGCACCAGCCUGCUGUUCCGCAACCUAUCCAAAACCACAACUACGGAGGACCUGCGGCACUAUGCGGAGCGCUAUGGCCCCAUCCGCGAUAUCUAUCUCCCCAAGGACUUCCAAACCGGGGAGCCGCGUGGCCUGGGCUUUGUGGAAUUCAGCGACCCUAAGGACGCGGAGGAGGCGCGCCACUGCAUGGACGGCUCCACAGUCGCCGGCCGCGUGAUCUCAGUGACGUUCGCGCAGCACGGGCGCAAGCGGCCCGAGGAUUAUCGCAACGGCGGCGGCGGCGGGGGCCACCGCGGCGGUGGCGGCGGCGGCGGCUACAGCCGUGGCGGCGACCGCUACAGCGACCGGGACCGGGACAGGGACCGGCACUCGGACCGGUACCGCGACGACCGUGGGCGCGACCGCGACCGGGGAAGCGACCGCGAUCGGUACCGGGAUGAUCGGGAUCGGGACCGGGACGCACGCCGCAGCCGCAGCCCCCGCCGCGCCCGCAGCCGCUCACCGCGCCGCAGCCCUCGCCGGGACAGGUCGGUGAGCCGCAGCCGCUCGCCGCGCGCGGACCGGGACCGCCAGCCGCCGCGGGAGGACGACCGGGGCCGGGACCGCGAGGCGGGCGCUGGUCACGCCCGUGCGGACCUGUCGCCGGACGCUGGGCGUCGUGACCGCAGCCGCGACCGCGGCCGCUCCGCAGAGGGCCGGACGCCUUCCCCUGGGCGCUCCCCCCGGGACUAAGCAGCGGGCCACAGCCUGCGGGCGGUAAUAACAUGCACCACUUCUGCGUGCGGAUUGCCAGCACCACUACUUUCUCCAGCUAGUGCGGGGCACGUGGACGGCUCACCGAGCAGCGCUGCUGUUGCCAGCGGCGGGCGGCAGUGUUGAUGGGUUGUGCGCGUGUUGCUUGCAUUUGCAAAAAUUGGAUGCUGGCUUGGGUUGCUGUGAAAGUUUAAGUUUUUGUUGUGAGCAUUGCCCUAGCCACCAAGCCGCACCUUGCAGCCUGGAUUCAGCUUUGCGCUGCCGCCCCUGCGUCGUCGUCGGGACACAGGGUGGUGCCGAUGACGGUGAUGGUGAUGGUGAGCUGUCCGGAGGAGAUGGAGCUUCCCUGCUUCCCUACCUGCCCCUGCUGCAUGCUGGUGCUGAUGACCCGACUGGAUGACGACGGCACGAUGACGAAGAGCUGCUUUGCGCUGCAACGAUGAUUUAGGACCUCCACACUGCUUUGAACGACGCACUCGGAAGUUGGAACCCUGGCGGGUGGCUAGACUCAACCUUUCCUGGCUAUGCUGCGUGCCCCGGUGAGGCCCUCACAUAGGUAAGCCUUCGCACACACACCCAAGAGCCCUGCACGUAUGGCCGCGGGCGUUGCUACCUCAUGUUUGUAACGCCGACAAGGCGAGCUGUGGCUGUAACACCAAUCACCCAUU